GUCAUUCAUUAGAGUCAGCUUUCUUAGCUUUCUAUUUUAAGUUUUGGCUGAAAUUAUUCAGUUCACUAUGGCGUCUGCAUUAGUAAUCCUUGCAGAGGGCGCUGAAGAGAUGGAAACAAUAAUUGCAGUUGAUGUCAUGAGGCGUGGAGAGAUCAAUGUGACCCUUGCAGGCCUUAGUGGAGUAGAUCCUGUGAAAUGCAGUCGUGGUGUUGUCAUAGUGCCUGAUACCAGUCUUGAGAAGGCAUUGGCGGGUGGCACAACCUAUAAUGUAGUGGUCUUGCCUGGUGGAAAUGGUGGUGCUAAAGCAAUGGCUGAGUCAGAAAAGGUGAAGGAGAUUUUACAAAACCAGGAGAAAGCAGGUCGUACAAUCGCAGCUGUAUGUGCAGCCCCAAUAGUUUUGGCCAAACAUGAUAUUGCGAAGGGUUCCAGUGUAACAUCUCAUCCAGCUGUCAAGGACACCUUAGUCAAAGACUACAAAUACAGUGAAGAGAGAGUGGUAAAAGAUGGCAAUAUCAUCACAAGUAGGGGGCCAGGAACAUCAUUUGAAUUUGCUCUCAAAAUUGUGGAAACCUUACAAGGAAAAGACAAAGCUGACUCUUUAGUGCCUCCUAUGCUUGUGAAACUAUGAGCUAUUUUGUAAUAAAUGGAUGGUGGGAAGAAAGUCCAUGUCAUUAUUCUGGCAUAUGGUCAUAUAGAGCAUACUAGCUGACUAGUUAACUGAUAUCUGAACUGACAUACAGUACAAUCUCAUGUUCAUUAUGGAGAUAUAAAUUAUUAUUGGAAAAUAAUGGAACUACUCAGAUACUAUCACAUCCACUGGGAACCUUCUAUACUUUACCAGUUCCUUUAUUAGAGGCUUGGGAAUUUCAUACCAUGGACUGAAACUAAUUUUAAAGAAUAACUAACAUUAUCCCUGACCAUCGGAUUGUUAUAAUAUACAACGCAAUAACUUUGCAGUAGCUUAUUUUUGAAAAAUAUCAGUGAAUUUACCGUAAAACAUGUCUAAGUGAAUACUACUGGGACAGUGUGAGGAGUAUGUA